AUGCCCCUCUCCUGCGAUGAGUCCAUCUGCCCCAAGUUCCAGCCCAACAUCUUCGACCCCUCCCGAUGCCACGACUGCCUGCGUCAGAGGCGCCUGCACGCCGGCGCUGGGGACGGCGCAGAGGCAGCGCCACAGCAGAAGUCCACAGCACAGACUGGAAUUGGGGCUAAAACUGGGAGUGAUGCUGGGAUUGUAUUGGGAAAAGGAGUGGUGUUAACACCGAUCCCAUCGCAGGCAGAGGAAAGAGACACCAGCAGCAAGGAGGACUCUGACGGUCUGUCGGUGGUGAGCAGCGACUGUGAUGUCAACGGAGGCCGUCUCGGUCAUGGGGAGAGCUCUUUGUGCAUCCUGAGCCCCGACUGUGUGCUUUAUAUCGGCGACGACAACGAUGACAGCAGCGGCAGCCCAUCUCGUCUUCCGCGAAGCUGUCGUGACCACAGUGACUACGACGAGUUCAGUGGCUCCGUCAGUGCAGAGGACGAAUACCUGCCGAUCCGUCGACGUUCGACGAAGCUCGCCAUGACCAGGCUCGACCCUCCGCCCCAUCGGCCCAGCCCCCGGGCCUGGAUGGACGACACUCGGAGCAGAGACAAUUUCAGAGGUCAAUCAGGGUUGAAAGAAGACGCACAGAAGCGCGAAAGUGGGUACUUCUCCCUGGGGAGGGCAGCGGGUGUCCUCUCAUUCAAUGAUAACAAGCCGCCUGCUCCAUUCCGCCAUUUUGAGAGAGGACAUCCUAUCUUCGGCAGCAGAGACGUAGAGCCCAAAGACACCAUCCCCUUCAGAAACCCUAAUCUCGGCAAGGCCUCUGAAAGGCAAAAUGAUGACUAUCUAUUGGAAACCCAGCCUCCUGACCACUAUGAAAUAGUCGGCCCCCGCUCUCCGAGUCCUACUCCUUUUAAGAUAGCCGAGUCUCUGGCCUCAACGGGGCGAAAAGGUUUCAGCGGUUCCUAUGGUCGGGGAAACCCUUCCUCAGACGUCUCUUCCUAUCAUCAGUCAGGGCGCUUUGAGGCCUCAAGGCAAGGCUCAGCUCUGCCAUCUCGUUCCUCUUCUCCCGCGCGGGGAAACGUACCGCUUAGACGCAGUGAGCCCAACGCUUCCCCCGGCCGGCAUACCUCUAAUGGUGGAGGGUGGUCUCAAGGGACGGAGCCAGGAUCCAGAAACUCCUUGCAAAGCCCUCACGGGCGACAUGGCGAGUCAGGAACUCUGCCAAGAAACUUUAAAUCAUUUGCUGGUUCGGUGAAAUCCCAGACCAACACGGUUUCUGAUUUUAGGAGUGCCUUGAAGAGAACUGAAGUAAGCCAGUCUUCGAUUGGUCGAGGUCGUGACAGCAGAUCCUCAUCUCCCUCAAGGAGGGACUCCAACCCUUUAGGCAAAACGUCUCUCCGCAAAACGGAAAUCACCAGCAGUUCAUCUCACGGACGCCGGAGCGACGCUCGUACUUCACCUCCGUCGUCUCCGUCUAGGAGAUCUUCCGACCGUGAGAGUCACAGAUACUCACCGCCGGGGAGAAAUUACAGCUCGUCUCGCCAAUCCCCCCUUCAUAAAUCUGAGUCAAUUGCGUCUCUAAGCGGACGUAGUCACCACGGACGCUGUGGCUCCCCCAUAAGAGAAGGCUAUGAUAUUGAAAGCCAAGCUCUGCUACGCAGCCCAACCGCUAGGAAUGGACUAAAUGACCAAGAACAUGAAAGCCACACCGAGACCAGACGAGGUUAUGACACAAGUCCGUCGGUACUCCGCAAGACCGAAUCUAGCGCUGUCGGUGACAAUCGAGGUCGGGGCAGCCGGUGUUCUUCUCCUGCAAGGAGAGGCAAUGAAACUCCUACUCAGCAUCAACUUAGGAAAACAGACACCAGUGGUUCUUCACACAGCCGUAGGCGUGAGAGUCGCACCUCCUCCCCUUCGAGCAGAAGCUGUGAAGCUCCUUCUCAGUCCCUGUUGCGCAAGUCUGAAGCAAACAGUUCUGCCAGAAGUCGUGAGAGCCAAAGUCUGUUGCCCUCAAGGAAAAGCUAUGAUGCUCCUGAGCAGCGCUCACUGCGGGAAGCAGAAACUAGCUCCUCCCUUAACGCCAAGAAUCACAACAGCCGCAGCUCCUCUCCUGCCGGAAAAGGUAGCGGUGACCAGCCAGGCUACUCGAUCCUCAGACAGGUCACUAACGGAGAUUCCAGCCAUUCCUCUCAGAGAAAAAACACUUAUCACGACUCAAAAUCGGACUCAAAAUCGGACUCAAAAUCGGACUCCAAAUCGGACUCCAAUCGUUCGCCGCGCUCCUGCCGGGAGUCGACUCAUUCCCGCCACAGCUCCUCGUUGUCUCGCGCUGCUUCGCCCUCCAGACAGACCGCGAAUGGCCGAAAAGCAAAGUUUGUCACCUUGGAAACACCCAGGAGCCCCGGCAGCAGCAGGUCCGGGGUUGCUAGACACGGCCAGGUCGAUCGUUGCCCCUCCCCUAAUGACAAGAGGCCCACCCGCCACGCACGGAGCCCUUCUCCUUCGCCUCAGAUUCAACUGAGGAAUCACACCUCCUCCCAGAGCUCCGUGGAGUCUUCGGAGUCGGGUCAACUGUCGGCGGGGUCAACAGGUCGGAACAGGGAGGAGUACGCCAUGUUGGCCGACGUGCCAAAGGUCAAGAUGAUCCCUCAGAGAGAAGCGGCGAGCCACAUGGGUCGGCCUCAGAACCAGCAGCCUUCUCGGAGACAAGAGCUCUUUAAACCAGCCAGCCACUCCCUGAGCAAGCAUCCCUCCAGAGAGUGGGACGAUACGGGGGACACUGAGAGAGACUGGCACUACGGUGGCAGUGGGCAUCUAUCUCAAGCUCACUCCUCCACCUCAUUGCAGAGGUCUGUCAGUCCUACGGCCGAUGAGGGCAACCACCACAGAUCAGAACAAAUGCAGGUAUGCUGA